AUGCCUUCUCAACGGCGUGUGCGGCUGCUUGCGGUCGCGGUUAUCGCGAUCUUGCUCCUGACGUUUUACUACUCGGGCGACGCGAGCAAGAUUCAAAAUCAGAAGUUUUACCGAUCUACACUCGAGGCGAUGCGGGCCAAGGAAGAGGCGAAACAAGCGCCCAAGGAAAAGAUCCCGGAUCCCGUCGUCAAGUCUAGCUCCGGCGCUGUCGGCCCAAAGAUUGGCGAUCCUGAUGUCGAGCGACCUGCGGUGCCUGCCGCGAAGGAGAAGGAGGGUGCGGGCGAGGAUAUGGAGGAAAUUCCCAUUGCAGGGCGGAUCAAGAUGACCGUGCCCAAGAACAAGGGUGUGCAAGACUCAGCCUUGAACGCUGGGGCACCGGAGGAGGUGAAGAAGAGUAAGGCAUGGGAGGGGGAAGAAGGAGGAGGAGGAGACCACCGCGCAGCUAGACGCAAAAGACGAGCUGAACUCGAUUCUGAAGCGGGCCCCAGCAAACGAGCUAAGUCCAUCCUGCUGGGCCACUACAACAUCUCGCCACCGCCGUUCGUCGUCGAGCUGGACCAGCACCCUAUCGGACCGGCUCUCCAGCAACUUUUGAAGGAGAAUACGGGCAGGGGCACUGUUCCCAAUGUCCUGGUGAAUGGCAAGAGUAUUGGUGGUGGAGCUGAAAUGGCUGCCCUGGAUGAGAGUGACGAGCUGGCAUCGAAGCUACGACAGCUGGGUGGCAAGUGGAUUGCAGAGGUCACGCAUAAGAACCCCGAAUCAGGGUGA